AUGAUGGAUCUUAACGACAUUAUGGCCUUAGCCCGCGGAGAAGGCUCACCACACCUUGUUAAGCCCAAAGCCAAACCCUAUGAAGAAGGCAAUAUAGGGCGGCUGCUCUCAUACUGGAAGAAGUUUGCUGGCGAGGUCCUCCAGUCUCCAGAACGAGAGAAACAACAAGCGGCGCCCCUUGAGAACGAUGUGCCUAUGCACUUCAACCAAGCGUACUUAGCGUGGAGAGUAAAGUACGGGCAAGGCAGGAUUGACGGGAAAGCAAUCACGGUCCAAACCCUCAAGAAGGAAUUCCAACAGAUCGUGGAAGUCAUUGCCUACGAGACAGGCAAGACUUGGCUUGCUAAGGACAUCGCAGAGAUGAGAAGGGUAACUUUCUAA